ACCACCCGAGGCUCGGCUCUCCCCAUUCUUCAAUCUCCGUCCUCGAAGCCCGUAAAUUUCCCCGAUCCCUGCCCCCCUCCAAUUUCAUCCAAUCAACUAAACUCGGGCCGCUCUCACCUCUGAGUCGACUCGGCCUGCAGCUGCCUGAACCCCCCCCCCCCCUCCCCGAUCCCCUCGCCAGCAUGGAGAUUUCGCCGGCGGCGCCGCCAUCCCCUGACGACCACGCGGCGGCAGCGUCUUCUUCCACUGCUGAUGAAGCUCCGCCGGUGGUAUCGAAAUCGGAGCCGGCUUCCUCGGCGCCGGUGAAUGCCCCGCCGGCUAGGUUCGACGACGAUGAGGAGGAGGGGGACGUGUGCCGGAUCUGCCGGAAUCCCGGCGACGCCGAGAACCCUCUCCGGUACCCGUGCGCCUGCAGUGGGAGCAUAAAGUUCGUGCAUCAGGAUUGCCUCCUCCAGUGGCUUGACCAUAGCAACGCUCGCCAGUGCGAGGUGUGCAAGCAUGCAUUUUCGUUCUCUCCUGUCUAUGCUGAGAAUGCCCCAGCAAGGCUUCCCUUUCAGGAGUUUCUUAUUGGAAUGGCGAUGAAAGCUUGUCAUGUGCUGCAGUUCUUUUUGCGCCUUAGUUUUGUACUUUCCGUUUGGCUCCUCAUCAUACCCUUUAUCACAUUCUGGAUAUGGCGUUUGGCCUUUGUGAGGAGUUUCAAUGAAGCUCAGAGGCUGUUCCUAAGUCACCUAUCCACUACAAUCAUCCUUACCGAUUGCCUGCACGGGUUUCUACUCUCUGCUAGCAUUGUGUUCAUCUUUCUUGGGGCUACUUCUCUGAGAGAUUACUUCCGGCAUUUACGAGAGCUUGGGGGUCAAGAUGCUGAGAGAGAAGAUGAUGGAGAUAGAAAUGGUGCCCGAGCUGCAAGAAGGCCAGUUGUACAACCUAAUCGGAAUGUUGCAGUAGAGGGAAAUGGCGAGGAUGCUGCAGGUGCUCCAGGGAUUGCUGGUGCUGGUCAAAUGAUCAGAAGGAAUGCAGAAAAUGUUGCAGCUAGGUGGGAAAUGCAGGCAGCACGGCUCGAAGCUCACGUUGAGCAGAUGUUUGAUGGCCUGGAUGAUGCUGAUGGUGCAGAAGAUGUACCCUUUGAUGAGUUGGUUGGUAUGCAGGGACCUGUAUUUCACUUGGUUGAGAAUGCCUUCACUGUUCUGGCCAGCAACAUGAUUUUCCUUGGAGUCAUAAUCUUCCUUCCCUUUUCUUUGGGCCGGUUUACUAUCUAUUAUAUGUCUUGGCUUUUUGCCAAUAGCCGCGUGUUGUCAAAAGUGAUGCCACUCGCAGACUCAGCCCUAACGCUUGCAAAUAUUACAUUGAAGAAUUCAUUAACUGCUCUUACAAAUUUAUCAUCUGAAGGAGUGGAUAAUAGCAUGGCAACCCAGGUCACGGAAGUAUUGAAUGCAACUGCAUCUGAGCUAAAUGAAGUCUCAAAUAAUGUGACGGCACAGCUCUCAGGAGAUCUUCUGAAGGCAGCCCCUCUUGGGGCAUCAAGGAUUUCUGAUGUAGCAACUCUUUCUAUUGGAUAUUUGCUUAUAUUUACUGGAUUGAUAGUCUACCUGGGCAUAAUUGCCUUGAUCCGCUUCACGAAGGGCGAGCCUUUGACAAUGGGAAGGUUCUAUGGUAUUGCCUCUAUUGCAGAGACGAUUCCAUCUUUGUUUAGGCAAUUCUUGGCGGCAAUGAGGCAUUUGAUGACAAUGAUUAAGGUUGCAUUUCUGCUAGUGAUUGAACUCGGGGUAUUUCCGUUGAUGUGCGGGUGGUGGCUUGAUGUUUGCACAAUUCGGAUGUUUGGGAAGUCAAUGGCUCAUAGAGUUCAAUUUUUUACAAUAUCUCCUUUGGCAAGUUCAUUGGUCCAUUGGGUUGUGGGGAUCGUUUACAUGCUACAAAUAAGCAUUUUUGUCAGUCUCCUUAGAGGGGUAUUGCGUAAUGGAGUUCUAUACUUCCUACGAGAUCCCGCCGAUCCAAACUACAACCCAUUCCGUGAUCUCAUUGAUGAUCCUGUCCACAAACAUGCUCGUAGGGUUCUGUUGUCGGUUGCAGUGUAUGGGAGUUUAAUUGUGAUGCUGGUAUUUUUACCAGUAAAACUUGCUAUGAGGAUGGCACCCUCCAUAUUUCCACUGGAUAUAUCAGUGUCCGAUCCAUUUACUGAAAUACCAGCGGACAUGCUGCUCUUUCAGAUCUGUAUCCCAUUUGCCAUUGAGCAUUUUAAGUUGCGGACAACCAUCAAAUCUCUUCUCCACUAUUGGUUCAAGGCUGUUGGGUGGGCUUUAGGCUUAACUGAUUUCUUACUGCCGAGACCUGAAGAUAAUGGUGCCCAGGAAAAUGGAAACGGUGAGCCUGCCAGGCAGGAUAGGAUGCAGGUUGUGCCACAUGUUGGACAUGACCGAGCACUGGCAGUUGUAGCAGCUGCUGGCAAUGCUAAUGGUGGUUCUCUGUUGCGGAAUGCUGAUGCCACUGAAGAUUAUGAUGGUGAUGAGCAGUCUGAUUCUGACAGGUACAGCUUUGUCCUCCGGAUUGUACUCUUGCUGAUGGUGGCCUGGAUGACCUUACUUAUCUUCAACUCAGCCUUGAUAGUGGUCCCAGUUUCUCUAGGGCGGAAAUUGUUUAAUGCCAUACCUCUUCUCCCAAUAACUCAUGGAAUCAAGUGUAAUGAUCUCUAUGCUUUCAUCAUUGGGAGUUAUGUUAUCUGGACUGCCUUAGCUGGAGCAAGAUACACCAUUGAGCACCUCAGAACAAAGAGAGCUGCAGUUUUGCUGGGCCAAAUCUGGAAAUGGUGUUGCAUUGUUUUCAAGAGUUCUGCCCUAUUGUCAAUAUGGAUAUUUGUGAUUCCAGUGUUGAUUGGGCUGCUGUUUGAGCUUUUGGUGAUUGUGCCGAUGCGGGUGCCUGUGGAUGAAAGCCCAGUUUUCCUCUUGUAUCAAGACUGGGCCCUCGGGCUAAUCUUCUUGAAGAUUUGGACUCGGCUGGUCAUGCUUGACCAGAUGAUGCCAUUUGUGGAUGAGAGCUGGCGGUGGAAGUUCGAGCGUGUAAGAGAAGACGGUUUCUCAAGGCUGCAGGGAUUGUGGGUCCUCCGAGAGAUAGUCCUCCCCAUCAUAAUGAAGCUCCUCACUGCCCUCUGUGUGCCCUAUGUCCUUGCCCGAGGGGUCUUUCCCGUGCUCGGGUACCCUCUGGUGGUCAACUCAGCCGUCUACCGCUUCGCGUGGCUGGGCUGCCUGGUCUUCAGCCUUGUGUGCUUCUGUGCCAAAAGGUUUCACGUCUGGUUCACGAACCUCCAUAACUCCAUAAGGGAUGACCGGUACCUCAUCGGGCGCAGGCUCCACAACUAUGGGGAGGAUGGUGGGGACAGGAGGAGGCCAAUUGAGGCCGAGGCCGAGGCUUCAAACUCCUCCUCCCCAGUUGCUAACCCACGGGCAGAUGUUUUAAUUGGGAACGAAAGGGAUGCUGAUGCAGGGUUGAGGAUGAGACGCGGGAUUAGGCAUGAAUGAUAAGGUGAUCUUUGCUAGUUUAUACCUGUUUUUAACAUUGUAAUAGUUUCCGAGUCCGUGUAUCCUCUUUGGCAAAGUAUAAGAGGUUGUGCAUAUUAAGUCUUGCAUGUCGACUUGGAUAAUAUUAGAAGAAUGUCCGAUAAUGUAACUUUUUUUUUUUUGUUCUCUCUCUCGACGAAAUCUAUAGAUUUUGCUACCUUUUUUUUUUCCA